GAAGGGAGGGUGUGCUAAUGUUUACAACCGUUGGACUGGUAGCAAUUUUAUCAUUAAAAACUGUGAUUUUUCCCAAUAUUUCUGCAGCCUAUGAAAUGGCAGUUAAGAAACAGUGCAAACUAAAUGACUUCGUCUCGCCUUCAGGUUUUUGCUAACUGUGACUCCCCGGUUGGUGUUGACUCACACUGGGUCACACAGUAAAUCCGAGCUGACAUCUGGGAGGUCCAGGGACAACAUUUCAGAGUCUACAUUGUGUUGGAAAUCAGCGUUCCGAUGGAGUGGGUGUUCAUCAUGAACCGGAUGAGCUCUCAGAGUAGCUCUGCAGCCCAGCGGAGGCGGAUGGCGCUGGGGGUGGUGAUACUACUGCUGGUGGAUGUCAUCUGGGUAGCCUCCUCUGAGCUAACCUCGUACAUUUUCAAGCGACAGGAGUACAACAAACCCUUCUUCAGCACAUUCACUAAGACUUCUAUGUUUGUGCUGUAUUUGUUGGGUUUCCUGCUGUGGCGGCCCUGGAGGCAACAGUGCACCGGCACUCUGAAACGCCGGCACUCUGCUUUUUUUGCUGAUGCCGAGGCCUACUUUGCACCCUGCACCACUGACACCACUGUGAACAACUGCUUGAGUGAACCGCUGUAUGUGCCAGUGAAGUUCCAGGACGUACCUGUAGAGCACUCAAAUGGUUUAAUUGGAGACUGUGAAUCUUCUUCCAAAAAGCAGCGGGUGCGUUUUAGUAAUAUCAUGGAGGUGCGCCAGCUGCCCUCUACACAAGCCUUAGAGGCCAAGCUGUCCCGCAUGUCCUAUCCUGCUGCCAAGGACCACGAGGCCAUGUUGCGAACGGUGGGAAAGCUAACCAUCACUGAUGUGGCCAAAAUCAGCUUUUUCUUCUGCUUUGUGUGGUUCCUGGCUAACCUGUCCUACCAGGAGGCCCUGUCGGACACGCAGGUCGCCAUUGUCAACAUUCUGUCCUCCACUUCAGGCCUGUUCACACUCAUCUUAGCCGCCAUAUUUCCCAGUAACAGCAGCGAUCGCUUCACCUUGUCCAAACUGUUGGCUGUGGCUCUGAGUAUGGGAGGUGUUGCCCUCGUGAGUCUCUCCAGCAUGGACAGCCCUGAUGAGAAAGGCGUCAUAGGUUCUCUGUGGUCGCUGGCCGGGGCGGUGCUGUACGCCGUCUACAUCGUAAUGAUCAAGAGGCGAGUGGAUCGGGAGGAUAAGCUUGACAUUCCAAUGUUCUUUGGAUUUGUGGGUCUGUUCAACCUGCUGCUGCUGUGGCCGGGCUUCCUCCUGCUCCACUACACAGGCUUUGAGGCCUUUGAGCUUCCCAGCCAGCUCGUGUGGACGUAUAUCCUCAUAAAUGGCCUCAUUGGAACUGUUCUGUCAGAGUUCCUGUGGCUCUGGGGCUGUUUCCUCACAUCAUCUCUAAUUGGGACGUUGGCGUUGAGCCUCACCAUUCCUCUCUCUAUUAUGGCAGAUAUUUGCAUGCAGAAGGUACGUUUCUCAUGGUUAUUUUUUGCCGGGGCAGUCCCCGUCUUCCUCUCCUUCUUCAUUGCCACGCUCUUAUGCCACUACAACAACUGGGACCCGGUCCUGGUGGGGCUGAGGAGAGUUUACGCCUUCAUCUGUAGAAAACAUCGCAUUCAAAGACUGCCAGAAGACAGCGAGCAGUGUGAAAGCCUUAUUCCCCUGCACACCGUCUCCCCCAACGAAGGAAGCUUCUGUUCGUGAUCCAGCGGCCGAGCUAAAUGUGGCCAAUGUGGAUCUCGCUGAGCUGACAAUCUGGAAGCUUUCAGAGACGUUGAACUUACCCCAGUGCCUCCUAUUAAAUCUAUUUAUUUUCUACAGUGUUGAGGUGAUCCAUCCAUUUCUACAGGCUCAUUUCCUUAUUUUUUUGCAUUUCGGUCAGCAUAGACUGAGAUUCUGUUUUACUUUUUUUUUUUUUUUUCUGUGUAUAAAGAAACUUUAUGGUACUCAAGGUGCUGGACAUUAUUAGUGAUUACUAUAGGGUCAUGUGACCAAAUGGAAACGGUACAUGUUGAACUCAAUCUGAACACUAGCAGAGGAGGAGAAGCUGUGUGUUAUUUUUAAAGAGCUGAACCAAAAGGGAGGACUUCUGCUGUUUUUAGAGGACGUCGCUACUGUUGGCCUUCUGAAGCCUUGCUGCUUGUUUGUUAAGUCUGUCAAACACUUCGAGUGCAUGAAAAGUUUUGCUUUUGGAAGAGUAAAUCUACUUUUCGUACACACCAAACGAACGUGCAGCAUAUCUGUGAAGCACCUCUUCCUGUUUGGAGUGUUGGUUUCUAUUAUAUGGGAUACUUUUUUUUUUUCCAAAUCAUGCCUGUGACAUGUUUGUUUUAAGUCAAUCUACGUCAUUGCAAUAUUUUUAUGAUCAGUAAUCGGGCCAAAUCAGAAAUGCAGUCCAUUGACGACUUCAUGGUACCCGCUCACAGAGAGGGACUUCUGUGUGUCUCGUGAGAUACUUUGCAUUAAUGUCCUGAUAUGAUUUGACAUUUUAGCGUCUCAACAGAAAACAUCUCCCUUUUGUUCCACCUGGGACGUGUCUCGAUUUACUUUCGAGCAAGUCUGCUGACAUGACAAAUGAAAUAACACUACAGCUAAAGGCAGCAAGAAAGAGCCGCGUCCUCUGUAUCGACAGCUUUCUUGCUCCCUCCUGCUCCUCUGACGGUGCUGCAACCUGAAGACAAACUGUGACAGAGACAUUACCUUUGCGUUUGAACACGAGCAGGAUAGUAAGCCUUCCGCUAUAAGCUAUAAAAUGCCUUGCUGCAAUAACGGUCAUCUGCUUGAACGAGCAGUUUCCUCUUCAAAAUGGGUGUAAAUACUGUACACAGUGAAACAUGAACAUAGUAUUGAUGUUUUAUUUGUGAAAUUCAAGUGACCACUACAGAUUUAUCUUGAGACGAUGUAUCAGAUAAUAUUUUAUGUAUCGUUGUAAAUGAUUACUGCUGGAGGAAGAGUUUGCACCGACGGCCAAAUUCUCUUUUUCUUGCGUUUGAGAUUAUCUCACACCAACUGGACUGUAUGUGAUUUGUUUUUCUCUUAAAAAAAAAGGUGAUUUUAUUUUCUGUGCUUGUGAUUCCGCGUGAUGAGAAGAAGCAUUUCUUUUAGCAGCCUCAGUGUCGGUCAUGUAGUCCAGUAUGUAAACACUACAGAUGAAGGUGAAAUGUCACUCCACUCAUCCUGGUAAAUGUCAGAUGUGUCUUUAUGGAGUGUUGUUAUUGCACUCGUCAUUGAGAGGGUGUGUGAAGUGGAAGAAGUAAUAACCGGCCAGUGAGGGUAAAUUAACAAGUCGAGCACUUUAAGUGACAGAGAGAAAAUUGUUUCGUUCAUGUUCGUCAUUGCACUUACUGUGUCUUUGCCAGUCACCUUCUGUCACGAUGGGUGACGGGUAUGAAAGCUUUCCGAGGAUGAUUAGUUUGGAAACGGUAAUAUUGCCCAUGUUGUGAAAGAACGUUCAUUUUUCUCUUCUUUUAUCAAUGGUGCUUGUGGAAUCAUGGAUAUGAUUAUUUUCUUUCUCAGGUUCUUUAUCUUGUUUUUAUUGACUGAGCAUUUUCUUUGUCUUUUAAGUGUCAUUAAUGAAGAUGUUAUACAAUCUAAAAGAAGGCCACAAAAGCCUAAUAGUAACUUCCCUUUUUCAACCUAAGCUCUUGAAUAAUUCUUUUACUUUGCAAGUCCAAUUUCAUACUUCGGUGCACUAUUAAAACAUAUCUUUUUAAA